AUGCGGCUCAUACUACUCCUCUCACUUAUAAUUCCUUUAAUAUCUGCACAAGCUCCAUUGUUUGAUUAUGGACAAACCGCUGGAGAUCAGCUUAUUCCCUAUUCGGAUCAACAGCAUGCUGUAUCUUUAGAGAUUCCUGUAGUUUUUCUAGAAAACCCUCAAGAUGAGUUGUUUAUCAGUUCCACUGGAAUCGUUUCAUUCGGAGAGAAAAUACCAGACACUAUCACACCUCUACAACGCUUGAAUAGAAGUUCCAUUGCUGUAUACUAUGCUCCCAUAGAAGAUUCAGUUGUUUACUACAGAUCGACCACUUCCGAUCAGAAUCUUCUGAAGAAACUGUCUGAAUAUGUUAGAAGCCAAUUUGCUGACGGAUCAGAAUUCCAAACUCUUCAAGCAAUUAUAAUCACCUGGGACGAAGUGAUAAACAAAGAAAAUGAUGGUCAUGCAACCUUCCAGUUGGCAAUAGCAUCUGAUGGAAUUGUUUCAUAUUCUAUUCUUAUGUAUAAGAACUUACCUUGGUCAUCUUCAGCCGGCAUCUAUGCUCAGGCUGGAUUUACAGGUCCUGAGACCUUCCAUGCUCUAGUGAACAGUGGUGGACCAGAUGUGAAACGGAUUGAGAACUUAUCCAACCACAGUGAUGGCACCUACUUCAUUUUCCGUAUUUCUGGAUCAGCUUUCGAAGAUCCAAAAGAGAAUGCUGAGGAGUAUGAUUAUGGAACUUAUGAUCAAGACUAUGAUGGAGAACAAAGAAAGCCACCACAGGAUUGUCCAAUUGAUUCUUAUUCUGAAAAAUGUCCAGAACGUUGUAAUAAUCUAGUUGAUGACCGUGGUUGUACUAGAUGUAUCUGUGCUGAGCCCGAGUCAGGAGAAGAGACCGAUGAGAUAACUGAGGAGAUUCGACAAUCUGUUCCAUUGGAACCUGCACGAAACUCGAACAGAGGAGAUGAGAGCGAAGAGUUUCCAAGCUCUUGUGAUGCUGCCGGUGAAACAGCAUGCCAUCAAUUCGGGGAAUGUCGUGAUCAAAACCCUGGCUACUGUUGUGUUUGCCAACCUGGGUACUAUGGAAAUGGCAAAGAAUGCUUAAAGAAGGGAGAUCCUCAACGUAUAUCUGGGUUUUUCGAAGCCGUCUUAAAUGGCAAAGCUGUGGAGAAAACCGAUUUACACACUUUCAUCACACCAACAGAUGGACAUGCUUUCACCGCUGUAUCAAAGAUCCCAUCUGACCUGGCCAGUCCUAUGCUCCUGUUAUUGCCUGUUGGAUCUGUUAUGGGUUGGCUGUUUGCUGAGGUUCAAUCUACUGAAGCAUACAAUGGAUUCAUGCUUACUGGUGGACUCUUCAACCGUACCGUAACCCUCCAUAUCGGAGAUCGCUACUAUGUAACGAUCAAACAAGAAUUCUCAGGAAGAGAUAUCUACCAUUAUUUGAAAGCAAAUGUGUUUGUAUCGGGAACUCUACCCGACAUAUCUCCUGAUGCUGAAGUAGUCUAUCCAGACUACGAAGAAGAGUACAGAAAAGAAGGAAAUGGUUUCAUCCGAUCCUAUACUUCAAUGGAUGUUCUCAUAAGGGAUAAUGGACAAGAAAGCAACAUGAGAUUGACUAUUGACCAACAAAUCAAUUUCAAGGAAUGUCCCUUCAAGUCGUUCGACAAGCCUCAGACAGUUAAGUUGUCUGUUAAGAGAGUCCAUGUGACCUAUGAUGCUAACGAAGGAAUCGUACGUUAUGCUUCUCGCAAUCAUGUUGGGUUGAACGUUCGUACAGCUGAAGUGCCAUCCAGCUCUGCUCAUUUCGAUAGAAGACAGCAUGGUCAAACCGUUCGUCCGGCUUCUCGCCCUGUUCAAAUCAGUGAAGGAGUUUGUGCUCAUGGUGCUCAUGUGUGCACUAGUCCUCAUAUGAGAUGUAUUCCAUGGGAGCAGACAUAUCGUUGUGUUUGUGAGGAAGGCUUCCAAGCUAAAGCUGACACAGCAUCUCCUAUAGGAUGGGGAUGCGAAGACAUAGAUGAAUGUAAUCAACAGCAAGUUUGUGGUCACUUUGCUGAUUGCACCAACAGUCCCGGUGGCUAUAGCUGUAGUUGCCAAGAAGGAUACACUGGAGACGGUCGCACAUGCUCUAGAAUAGGAGAAGUUGAAAGCCAUCCAGCCCAACCUCGCCAUCAUCAUGUUGAAGCUUCGUCAGGAGCGGGAGCUGGCGGCAUUUGUACCAAUCAUCGUCAGUGUCAUCAGUUUGGAGAAUGUUCCUUCACUCCCGGUAAUCCUUCCGGAAUCUGUAAAUGCAGAGGCUGGUAUGUUGGUGACGGAGUCAAUCAUUGUGGUCCUCCAGAAGAAAACUCUCAGCCCAGACAUAAUGCUAAUAUUCCCAUGAAAUCUGGAAAAGCUUGUGGAAGGAACAUCUGUGAUCAGAACGCUGAAUGCAUGCCUGCCACUAGUGGAGGGUCGGAAUGUGUUUGUAACGUAGGAUACGUUGGUAACGGAAUCAACUGUGAGUCUUUGAUUGACGAUAAUUCAUCUUCUGCUCAAGAAACGGAUGAAGAAACGAUAGGCUCUGUUUGUCGCUCACACGAAGAAUGCCAUGAUCAAGGAAGAUGUGCUUAUAAUCAUCAACUUGGCUAUUAUCAAUGUGUGUGUGCCGAACCUUACAUAGGAAAUGGAGUAGAAUGCCAUUUGCCAUCAUCAGGCUCUGAGAUUGACAUUCCUCUGAAUAAUCCUUCCGCCGGUUGCGAUGUUACAAGAGACUGUGAUACUUAUGCAGAUUGUAUUUUCGAGAGAACUGUUUUGGGAGGAAAUUACAAAUGUGUAUGCCAAUCUGGCUAUUCUGGAGAUGGAAAGUAUUGCUCCAAAACAGAAAUGGGAAAUGCUCUGCCUCCACUUGAACAGCCCGGAUGCGAUCGUUUGAGAAAUUGCCAUCAAAACGCUCAAUGCACUUUUGAUUCUCAUAAUCAGAAAUAUCGCUGCGAAUGCCAUGAAGGAUAUGUUGGAGAUGGAUUAUCAUGCGUCAAGAUUCACAGUGGAACUCCUAACUGGGAAGGAGGUACUCCAGCUCGUCCAAUGCGCUGCCGAGAAUCAACUGAAUGUCAUCAGAACGGACAUUGUGUAGCAUCUAUUAAUGAGAACGAUUACAUAUGUGAAUGUUUACCCGGAUAUCGCGGGGAUGGAGUCAACAAGUGUCAAAUCGCUGAUAUGUGUAAUCCCGCUGAUCCAUCUGCUUGUCAUCAAAACGCUGAAUGCGUUUAUGGUACUACCGAAAGCGCUUAUGUAUGCAAAUGUGUAACAGGUUUUACUGGAGAUGGAGUAACUUGUCUACCAUAUGCACGUCCAUCUACAUGUAUUGAGAACCCUCGCAUGUGCCAUGCUAAUGCACAAUGUGUUUUAAAUAAGGAUCAAAGCUCUUAUGUUUGUAUCUGCAAACCAGGAUCGAUUGGAGACGGGUAUAAUCAUUGCACUGUUCAAGACACUCCUAGAUGCUCUAAUUGCUCUAUGCAUGGUCAUUGUUCACAUAAUUCUGUUUCUGGUGGUUAUCAAUGUAAAUGUAAUGCUGGCUAUGAAGGAAACGGCCAUAUCUGUGCUUUGAGAACUUCAUGUUUGGAUGAUCGUUCUAUUUGCGAUGAGCAUGCCGAAUGUGUACCUGGAGAGGGAGGUCAUUACGUUUGUAAUUGUCUAUAUGGUUUCCAUGGUAAUGGAAGAACCUGUAAACCCGAUUCUGAAGACCGAGGGGAUUCUCUCUUCAUUGCUAGAGGAAUGGCCAUAUUCCAGAGAGGAACAAUGGCUGAUGUUCCAGGAAAACAAAUCAUUGUAAUUCCUCAUCACAUUGCCGUUGGUUUGGAUUUUGAUUGCGAAGCUGAGCGGCUGGUCUGGAGUGAUAUUUCCGGACAUCAAAUACGGUCUGCAUCGUUGAACGGAUCUGAUCAGUCAGCUUUCCUUUCUGCUGAUUUGAACAGUCCAGAAGGUAUUGCGGUAGAUUGGGCAAGCAGAAACGUUUACUAUGCUGAUUCCUUGAACGAUGAGAUAGGAGUAGCUUCUUUAGAUGGAAAGUAUAAGAAGAGCUUAGUGACGGAAGGAUUGGUUAACCCUCGUUCAGUUGCUUUAGAUUUGCAUAAUAAACAAUUAUAUUACACGGACUGGCAUCGUGAGAAUCCUUUGAUCGGCAGAGUUGAUAUGGAUGGAAAGAACAAUAAAAUUUUCUUGAAUGAGGAUGUUCACUUACCUAAUGGUUUGACGGUUUUGCCUAACCGACGUGAACUUUGCUGGGUUGAUGCUGGAAGUCAUAGACUCUCAUGCAUUGGCUUCGACGGCCAACAUCGCCGAGUUGUUUAUGCUCCCUUAGAGUAUCCAUUCGGGUUAACGCAUGAGAACGAGCAAAGGUUCUAUUGGACAGAUUGGAGAGAUAAUCGCAUCCAUACAGUGGGUGUAUAUGGAGAUGGAUACUCAAGUUUCCCAGUUUCUUUGGGUGGCUCUGGCAAAGUCUACGGUAUAAUCAGUAUUCCUAAAACAUGUACAGCACCACCAACAGCAUGUUCAGAGAACAAUGGUGGAUGUAAGCAUUUGUGUUUACCAUCUAAAGAAGGAGUUACUUGUGUAUGUCCAGAUAAUGUGGCUGUUAAAGGAUGUUAA